UCUCUCUCUCUUUCUCCGUUAGCAAAGAGGACGAAAAUAUCUUCUUCUUCUUCACUGUAGAAUCUUUGAUGUCGAUUCUUAUCUCGUCUCCUUCCCUCAAGCUUCUCCGAUCACCAUCGUCUCGUGAAUCUCCGAUCGGCGCCGCUUUCCUCGGAAACAGGCUGAAGGCGUCUCGGCCUCUCAGUCUCCGGCUCCGAAUGGAUGCCGUUUCGAGUACUUCUGUCUCAAGCAUUAGCGUUGGUGAAGACUUUCCACUAGACUACGAGCAGUGGCUACCGUUAACGGAUCCGGAUAGCCGGAGAAGAGCCGGCGUUUUGCUCCACCCGACGUCGUUUCGCAGUCCUCACGGCAUUGGUGAUCUCGGGGAAGACGCGUUCCGUUUCAUCGAUUGGCUUCACUCUACUGGCUGCUCCCUUUGGCAGGUGCUUCCUCUUGUUCCUCCAGAUGAAGGAGGGUCUCCUUAUGCAGGACAGGAUGCAAAUUGUGGGAAUACGUUGUUGAUUUCUCUUGAUGAGCUUGUGAAGGACGGCUUGUUAAUGAAGGAUGAGCUCCCACUGCCAAUUGAGGCUGAUUCUGUGAACUAUCAAACUGCUAACAAGUUGAAGAGUCCUUUGAUAACUAAGGCAGCAAAGAGGCUUAUUGGCAGCAAUGGUGAACUGAAGAGAAAAUUGCAAGCUUUCCGUAUUGACCCCUCUAUAUCAUGUUGGCUUGAAGAUGCCGCUUAUUUUGCUGCUAUAGACAAUACUUUAAACUCAUACAGUUGGUUCGAGUGGCCUGAACCGCUUAAAAACCGUCAUCUUUCAGCCAUGGAAGCUAUAUACCAAAGCCAAAAGGAAUUUAUAGACUUGUUUAUUGCUAAACAAUUUUUGUUCCAAAGGCAGUGGCAGAAAGUUCGUGAGUAUGCACGGAGUAAAGGAGUCAAUAUAAUGGGGGAUAUGCCCAUUUAUGUAGGAUAUCAUAGUGCAGAUGUUUGGGCAAAUAAGAAACAUUUCUUACUGAACAGGAAAGGCUUUCCGCUUCUAGUUAGUGGUGUUCCUCCUGAUCUAUUCAGCGAAACUGGUCAACUGUGGGGAAGCCCUCUUUAUGACUGGAAAGCGAUGGAGAGUGAGCAAUUUUCUUGGUGGGUUCAUCGGAUAAGACGUGCACAGGACUUGUAUGAUGAAUGCAGGAUCGAUCAUUUCAGAGGAUUUGCAGGGUUUUGGGUGGUCCCUUCUGAAGCUAAAGUUGCCACAGUUGGAAGAUGGAAGGUAGGACCUGGAAAGUCUUUAUUUGACGCCAUUUCAAGCGGUGUUGGGAAGAUCAAAAUCAUAGCUGAAGAUUUGGGAGUCAUUACUAAAGAUGUAGUUGAGCUGAGGAAAUCAAUCGGAGCACCUGGAAUGGCUGUCCUCCAGUUUGCUUUUGGAGGGGGUGCGGAUAACCCACAUUUACCUCAUAAUCAUGAAGUGAACCAAGUUGUAUACUCUGGAACUCAUGACAACGACACUAUUCGAGGGUGGUGGGACACUCUGGAUCAAGAAGAAAAAUCUAAGGCAAUGAAGUACCUGUCAAUAGGUGAAGAAGACGAUAUAUCAUGGUCACUUAUCAAAGCUGCCUUCUCUUCAGUAGCUCAAACCGCAAUCAUACCGAUGCAAGACAUUCUCGGUCUCGGAAGUUCUGCCAGGAUGAACACUCCAGCCACUGAGGUGGGGAACUGGGGUUGGAGGAUUCCGAGUUCAACGAACUUUGAUCAUCUUCAAACGGAAUCUGACAGACUCAGAAGGCUAUUGUCAUUGUACGGUCGGCUUUGAGGAAAUCAUCAUCCUACAUGGCAAAGAAGAAGGAUCAUCUCUCGUUUUCUUAUUAUGAUAAAAUGCUAAAUAAAGUAAACCGAAGCAUAUAUGUUUUGUUGAAAAGAUUAAUCGAUUAUAUGGUAUAUGAUUUCGCAUGUUAA